CUCCUCAACUCCUCCUGCACCCCCCACUUUCGCGGCCGCUCCUCGACUCCAGACCCCGUCACUGGCUCUCAUCCUCUUCGCAACUUUUGCCCACCGGUCUCUUUGCUGGGUUCAGCAAAGGUCACCCCCCCUGCUGAAUCAGAUUCGACUCCAUUGUGACAAUACGAGGGCGCCAGUCAGUUGAGAGCUGCUUCCAAGCGUCAGUUUCAACCGGCGCAGAUCCAAGCGUCGCCACAUGAUGGGCCUCGAGGCCACUCCUCUCCUCCGUGACCUUUGUUGACAGCCUGGCGUCGGCAUCGCCUUCGGAACCCUGAAUUCUGCCUAUGAUGCGGCUAUCCUCGCACAUGCCACCCACAUUGGUCGUCAUACCAUCGCACAUGACCUCGUCAACGCACGAUUCCCACGCACGACAUCUAGCGAGUUACGCUUGCGGAUGCCUGUCCGUCCAUUUGAUCGGUACGUACACAGGCCCGAAUCGGUUGCUGAGUUUGACUACAGGGACAGUCUCCCUACGAAGCCCCAGAGUGUCUUUGAUCGUAUUUGUCCAGGCAUGUCAGCCGCAACCCUGGUCCGGCCUCUCCAAGCUGUGCGCGGGAGGACCCAUGACGGAGACCCGUCCCAUAUGCAAGGCCUAUCAGAACAAGAGAUGGCCUUGGAACUUGGACAGCCCCAAGAGGUCUUGACGCCUUGCAGCAAAAAAAGCCAGUUGACUCCAGGUGAUGAAUACGAGUUACCCGCGGCCCAGUUACCGGGCCCCCCGCCCCGUUGGAAGGUUGAAGACCAUGCAUGCAUGGUGGAAAAUCCCUCUGAUCAUGAAGCAAGCCAUCAGCAUCAGCCAUUCCAAGGGAACGGGGUUUGCUUUAACGCUGGGCCCAGCAUUCUCUCGUCUUGUGCCCCAACUAACCCAAUUCGCCUCGGCCGGUCUCUGUGUCGUUACAAGAUGCCUGCAAAGUCCGCUUGGUCUCAUGCAACCACUUCCCUCUCGGGCCUUUAUCACCCCAGAAAAGGACUUCGCCUCCCAUCUUGAUUUCCUUUCCCUUACCCUUCUCACUGUACACGCGUCCUCCUAUCUGGACGUCGCCAGCAUCUGGAUCAUCGUCUGCAGUGUCACGUGCCUCAUUCGUGGCUACUAUUUUUUGCCUCGGUGUGGCCGACCGGGCUAUACAGGCUUAUGUGGCGCAUUCUGUCGAUCAAAAUUCCCACCGCUAUACUAUUCCCGCGCGGCUGCCCGACAAGACACUGAGCAUUUACCAGACUGUCUCGGGUAUGAAUGACUUGUGCGACAUACGGUCUGAGUCAUUUUGAAAAAGAAACAUUGACAAAAUCCAUCUUGGAGGCCGUCUCGCUUCCUCUGCAAGCCUUCGACAAGAGUAACCAGUUUUACUUCUGCGCCUGAACGCCACCUGCAGGCAUGUGCCAGUCCAGUGUCUGGUCUUGAUCGCUGAGGAAAACGGAAUGAGUCGAACGUGUUCAACAUUAUUGCGCGCAUUCAGGGAGGCCGGCAAGGAGGAUCCCAACCGACACAGGACAUGUCGCACAGAAAUCCGACGUAUGACACCCAACAUGGUGUUUCCAGAAACAGAGAUGCUACCGUGCCACGAACCACCAGAACAACAGGCUCUCGUCAUGGAGCCCGUCAGUUCGACUCGACACGACCCACCCCAAGCGCACGUCCGGCUUCACGCUCACCACCCUCUAUGAGGGAAGCCCCGGCGAGUCCUGGUGAAAAGUCCGGUCAAAGACCAACAGCCAUUCCACGACCAGCGACAAGAAAUCCCUCGCAGCGCUCUAUUGCGACUGCGAAGAACACCACUGCCUCUGUUGGAAUGAGCAAGCCAACUGCACGUUCAGAUUCAAUGUCGCAGGAGGUCCCUUUACUCAUGGAAUCUUAUCCGGGAUCGAGACGGAGAGAUGAGGCCUCUAGUAACAGGAGAUUGGCUUAUCCCUUGGGUCUCUCAACUGAUGCACAAUCUUCCUUGGAUGUUGAUCAAGAUGCCAUCUUCGGCAUAGUGAUGCCGAGAGCAAACACGUCCAUUCGCACAGGCGAACUGCCGCCUCGAUUGAUUCCAGAGUUGCAAGCUCUUGCAGCUUCGUCGACGAGACAACCGCAAACACUGAAUAAAUCCGCAAGCUCGAUUAGCAGUCCAUCAACUCGGUUCUCCAGUUCUCCAAGUCCAUGGAGUGUAUCCACCACAACGACAACUCCGACAUCUUGGUCUUCGGCAUCACCUGGUAUUGUGCAGCAAGUCCCGGUGACAGGCUCGGCAAAGCGGUCGCAAACAGUCCCACUUCCUGUAGGCAAGCGCGAAAAACCUCCCAAAAUGCCAGCUCUUCCAGAAUCCCUUCCAGCUGUGGCGAGUGAAUGGCCAGCAAGUUCGAAAGAGUCUGUGAAGUCGUCUGGCAGGAGAAGAACGCCUUUGAACACUCCAGCUCCUACCCCGCCUCCAAGGUCUUCGUCUGCCAAACAUUCACUGAGCAGGAGCAGUAGCAAAAGCGAUAGGCAACGCAUUAGACCGGAGCAACAGCCUACGCCUUCCUCAUCCGACCUGGAACGCAGCCCAUUGGCGGCGCGAGGCCAUCCAGAUCUUGGAAAUGUCGGAGAGUCACUACAGCAUCGCACGCUUGUACGUGCUCAUGCCAAUCUUCAGCAGUCUUUACGCGACACACCGCCCGGGGCAACCAUCCAAGCCGCGGACGCCUUCGACGACCAAAGAACUGGUGCGCUUGACAGUUAUCGCUCGGGUUCCAGUCGUCGCCACCCAGAAUCAUCGCGUCGAAAUCUCGACACUCGGCCUCAGCCGGCUGACAUUCCGCCGGUACAAGAGAGGGUUGCGCCCAUGGCCGCUCGUCCGAAGACUCCUCGGGACACAGAAGUCGCGACACAAAGCUCCCCAGGCCGCACAGGCAAAUUCUCUCGCUUCGGACUGUUUGGUCGCAGAACCAAGUCCCCAGCCGCCGAUGUCGAAAAGUCCCCCCGGAAACUGCAACGCAAAGGACCUGCGGCUGGGACAGGUCACGAAGGGUAUGGAAAAUAUGGAAGAAGAGGCCGCAAGACAUCCGAAGAGAGCGGCUCGGCUAGAGGAAGCGAGAGCGAAAGGUCCGUGAGCAGCACUAGACGGGUACCUAUAUUCUCCUCCAAAGGCAAGGAGAGCCGCAGUAGCAGCCGCCACAAUCGAAGCAGCCAAUCCGAUCUCGAUGAGUUUGCAGCAAGUCGCAUGAGGCCCAUUCCUAUCAUUGGUGGCUCUGGUAGCAGCAUGAAGAGCAAUUCUGGGACUCGACUUGACGUAUUUGAGAGCUCUUCCGUUCCACUUGGGUUUGGAGUAGAGCCGUGGCAAAUCGCUUCACAGUCACAGACCUCUAUUGGCCAACAGUCAGUUCAAGACAGCCCGCAGAUCGCUCGGGACCGGGUAUCGAGUCAGGGUAGUGUCCCUACGCUGGCAAUACGACGAUCGCAGCGCUUUGGCAACGAUGCAGAGAGUUUCAGUCUCCCAACACCAAUUCGGACCGAAGGACUUUCAGCGCCAAUGUAUAUUAACAGCCAAGACGACAGCCGUUCUUCAGCUUUUCCGAACUCUACACCUAGCACAACUACUGAUCCUAGCCGUGGCGAUGCUGCACUGCAGAAACCCAAGGAUAAGAAGUCUAGAAAGCUCAGAUGGAAUAUCUUUCGGAGAAAAGGACCCGAACCAGAACCCGAGAGACCCAUCGGUGCAUCUUCGUCGUCGCCCGAGGAGAUGCCGGUGAGCAUAUCCUCUAUUCCUGUCUCUCGGCCUAUGCCGUACUACGCCGUGAUGGAUUCUGAGAGUGAAGUCAAUCCACCCGAGUAUGUUGGCGAUUACCUGGCGCAGGUUGUUGAUUCACCCGCAGUCAGCCCAUUGAUCGGGGGAUACGAGCCAGACUUUGCAGAGGAUGAGGUACAACCACCCAUGCAUGAGGACAACGUCUUUCUCCCAACUGCGCCAAUAUCGCCACCUCAGUCAUUUGCGAGGUCGCCGCCAGCAGUGCCACUGCGAAGCCAGACCGAGAACGCUUCAGUGCAAAUAGAUGAGCAGCCACAGAAACAGCCGCGCCUGAUCCGAGUCGGAAGAAUCCCACCCGUGGUACCAAGGAGUGAAAGACAGCAUAAACCUAGCCGGACUUCGUUCUCUCAACCGUUCGUUAGAAAUCCUACUUCUGAGAAUCCAUACGCCCAGUCGGACCCCUCUGAAUCCGCGCUGCCUAUGCCACUCCAAAUCAGCACGGAUGUGCUACCGAGCAGACCGUUCGCUACUGUGGAUAGUGCCAAACCCGCCAGUGCUCCUACAUUGGGAGAGACAGAGUUCUUGCGAUUCCCGUCGAGGCAACCGUCGGAAGUCUCUGCAUCCAGCAGCUCGGAAGGAGUUUUAAGCAUCCUUGGACCACCUUUAUUGCCUGGCAGUGGCGUCUCUGCACGACCUCCUCUAGCGGAAGAUGUCUACCUAACAGGGAGUCCUAGCCUUGACGAAGUCUGGAAUGAAUACGACGAUUUUAUUGACCAUGUCAUGUCCCCUUCUCGAAGCAGGAAAAGUGUGAAAGCCCUGGCACAGCGAGGUAAGCCAGGACCACCGCGCCUAGAGACUCUUCCACAGUUUGCGCGGUCGGAUCAGCAACCGGACGAAGAACAACCAGAUCUCAUCUUGUCAGAAUUUCCCACCCCUGGCAUGAAGAGACCUGUCUUCGCACAGACCCUAGCCACUUCAGCUACCCCUCCAGUUGUGUUCCCUCCACCCACAAUGCCUGAGCCCAUCGUAGGGGAAGACAUUCGAUUACGCCGAUCGAGAAUCGUUUCGGCGCUGCACCCCUCGAGCGACCCUGCAUCGCCCUUCUCAAUUCGCGACAUACUGAGCGAGUACGAAAAUCAUGCACGACAUAGUACUAAAUUGUCCGACCGCCUGAGCACAUCCACGGCGAAUCGAUCGCUGGAACGCUUGACCACGACAAGCAGCGCACCCGAGAUGCCUCCAGAAUCCACUCAUCAAGAAAACGUUACUCUACUUGAUGUUGUCGAGCGGGGCAAGGACCCGGUCGGUCAGUCAGAGUUGCACUAUGCCUCGCUUAUGGUGUCGAAGUGGUUAUCAUUUGGACGAGUUUUAUUCUCACCCGGUCAUGAUAAUAUCCUUAAAUCCCCAGUGCGCCAUAUCCUUGUCAUUGACGGAUUAGGGAAUGAAGAUUGGUCAAUAUAUUGUGCAGUGACUUACGAGCCGCAAAAAGCAUAUGUCCACGAUCUUAAGGAGAAGGCCACAACAAAAGGAACGAAGACAUCGAAACACUCUCAGCAUGCCCCAGACAACCAUCGGCGAGCAGAAGUAUCGAGUUUCUACGAAAAGUUCCCUUUCCCCCAGGAUUUUUUCUCCGUGGUUGUCCUUCGCUUUCCUCCUGCAAUGGCUGAAGCAAAAAUGAAGAAUAUUGUGUCUGAAUGCAAACGAGUGUUGCAGCCAGGCGGCUAUCUGGAGCUGAUGCUGCUGGAUCUUGACAUCGUCAACAUGGGCGUGCAGACUCGAAGGGCUGUCCGAGAGCUCAAGUAUAGAAUGACGACCGCAGACAAGCAGAUCAGCCUCCGACCAAUUAUUGACAAUGUCCAGAGCGUGUUGGGCUCCCGCGGGUUCACCAACAUCAGCCGCUGUGUAGUCGGAGUACCCGUCGCAGGACGCCCAUCAGGAUCUUCCGAUUCUUCAUCAUCGUCGCGCUCGAGUCGAGGAUCGGACGGCUUCUCAAAGCGAGGAUCCGGUGACACGCGGCCGGGAGAUGCGUCUCCACGAAUGACAUUCGGUCAAGGUCGUAGAGGAGCCAACCUAUCUCUGAAUGACCUUCUUUCCGAUCGCUCAGAUAAUGCGGAUCUCCGCAUUGGAAAGAUCGUGUCGAGGACGGCUCGGACGUGGUGGCAACACUGCUUUGAAGCCAGCGUUAUUAGCGAUGGCAAUCUCGCCAGAAGUAUUUUCGCUGACAGAAAUGUCCUGGGAGAAUGUAAAGGUCGAGGGUCGAGUUUCAAGAUGCUCAUCGCAUACGCUCAACGACCCAUCGUCGAAUCAUCACGUCGGCGAACAAUGAGUGAGCCAGUUGUCCCAACACUGGCUACAGCAGGAGGGAAAAUACAACAUCAGCCAUCAUCCCGCAAUCCACGCACAGCCUGAGUCUGACCGAGCUAAGACAUCAGGCUGAUUUAUUCCACACCAUAGUUGCCCUGGCGGCGUUACGGACGAAGUAUAUGAGAAGAAUUGCCACGACACGACAUCGAAAAGAAAGUUGCAUUUGAAUGAUUUGUUUCGAAGAUACCCCUCUCCCACAUACCGCCGGCAACUUUACGACUGCUUUGUUAUUUGGAGCGACUCAGCACUUGAUUUAAGAACGGAGGCCUGAAAUAUCGUUGUACCCAAAAGUUCAGCGUGCAAGAGACGACAACGGCUACAGUGCCGACCAAAGAGUCCGGAUUGGCGCAAGCCAGCUGGGAUAGAUGGAUGACGGACGUCUGGAAAGCAAGGCUGCAGGUCGGCAUUCCUCUCAGACAGAGUCAUGAUAUAGACAUAAUAACUAUGUUCUAAUUCUAAACACA